UAUUCACCCAUUAUUUCCCCUCUCUCUCUCUCUCUCUCUCUCUACCCCAAUUUUAUCAGAAAGCUGCCAAAAUUCAUCACUUAAAGCCUUUUGAUUUCUCAGUCCCAAGCUUUCUCUUGUUUCUGAAUCUUUUCUAGGACCUCUCUACCUGAGUAAGCAUUUCCUUCUCUCUCUAUCUCUCACUUUCUCUCUCUGCCAAACUCCAUUGCUUGAAGCUUCUAUGCUUAGAACUUUGGUUUUGUCUUCAAUUUGGGUAAGUUAGAUCUGGGUUAGUUAAGCGAAAGGGACGUUUUCCAUUCAUGGAACUCUGAACUAACUCCCAUGGAUUUAAAUUCGUUUUGACGUUACUCCUCGGUGCCAACGUAUCACUGUAAGCAUCUAUUUUCUCUCUGAAUAUAUGAAGUAUACAUUUUUUCACAUGCCCUUUUGGCCGUCGUAGCUCCUCAAUGCCAAAAGUUCUGUAAUUUAUGCAAUUUUGAUCGGAACCCAUGUAUUUAUUGCAAAAAAUUGUUAACCCCCAGCUUAGAUGUUAUUCAUUUGCUCAUUAAAGUGGCGUUUUUGGGUUCCGUAACCGACCCUCUUUGCUCCUCUUUAGCUCUAGAAUCUUCAGAAUAUGUCGGUUUUGCUUUGAAUUUGAUAAACCUUUCUGGGUUUGUGAGCUGAUAGAGUUUUAGGGUUCUUAGCCGAAAUUUUGUUGGAUAGGAACCCGUAAACGAGUAUGAGGAAGUAUGUAAAUCAUCACUCAGCAAGGGUGAUUGGUGAUAGGAUUUGGGCUAUUCCAUUCAUUGCUAGCUUUAUCAUAUUCAUCACCCUCUUUUUCUCUGCCAUUUCCGGGAUCUUUACCGCUCCACACGCUGGAGAGAAGUUGUCAUUCGACAUUAUUCCCUUCUCAAAACCAGAUGACUCAAGUGGGUAUUUUGUUGAAUCUGAUUUGAAAAGAUCAUUGGACACCAAUGGGGGUUCCAAAAGUGGGGCACCUAGUUUAGCGUAUCUUAUAUCGGGUACAAAGGGUGAUAGUCAUAGGAUGAUGAGGACUUUAAGUGCGGUGUAUCAUCCAAGAAAUCAAUAUAUCCUGCAUUUGGAUCUUGAGGCUCCGCCUCGUGAAAGGUUGGAAUUGGCAAGUUUAGUGAAGGCUGAUCUUACUUUUCGUGAAGUAGAGAAUGUGCGUGUUAUGUCUCAAUCCAAUUUGGUGACUUAUAAGGGCCCUACGAUGAUUGCUUGUACUCUGCAAGCCAUUUCCAUUCUAUUAAAGGAGAGCUCAGAGUGGGACUGGUUUAUAAACCUCAGUGCAUCAGAUUAUCCUCUCAUGACACAAGAUGAUUUGCUUCAUGCUUUCUCCAAUAUUUCCAGAAACAUCAACUUUAUUGAACAUAUGCAGCUCACUGGAUGGAAACUGAACCAAAGAGCAAAACCUAUCAUAAUUGAUCCAGGCCUGUACUUAUCAAAAAAAUCUGACCUUGCAUCGACUACUCAGCGCCGAUCACUUCCUACAUCAUUCAAGUUGUUCACAGGUUCUGCUUGGGUAAUGCUAACGCGAUCAUUUCUCGAGUAUUGUAUAUGGGGAUGGGAUAACCUCCCACGUACAAUGCUUAUGUACUACACAAAUUUUGUUUCUUCUCCGGAAGGUUAUUUUCAUACUAUUAUUUGCGACAAUGAGGAAUAUCGCCACACUGCGAUAAGUCACGAUCUCCACUACAUUGCUUGGGACAGCCCUCCUAAGCAGCAUCCCAUCUCUUUGUCAAUGAAGGACUUUGACAAAAUGGUGAAGAGCAACGCUCCCUUUGCUCGAAAGUUUGCGAAGGAUGACCCAGUGUUGGACAAAAUUGAUAAAGAGCUUCUAGGUCGCACAAACCGGUUUGCACCUGGGGGGUGGUGCAUAGGCAGCCCUGAAGGCGGGGCUGACCCAUGCUCCGUGCGUGGUAACGAUUCAGUGUUUAAGCCAGGUCCUGGUUCGGGGAGGUUCCAAGAGCUGCUUCAUACUCUAUUGUCCGAAGAUUUUCGAAAAAAGCAAUGUACAUGACAGAGCAGGGCUAAGAGUUGGAAAAAAACCGAAAUGUAGAUUAAUGUAACCAUAGAUUUACAAGCGCGAUGUAAAAAGACAUUGAAUUUCUUUUAGAAAUAUAAAUAGAAGAUCCAAGUUCACAA